GGGGGUGGGUGCUGAUGCGGGAGGCGUGGAGUCUAGUAGGCUGUUUGUUCCUGGGGUCAUGGGUUGCUGCCAGGACAAGGACUUUCCGAACUCCGAUGAUCCGCCCAAGGAAGUCAUGUCAGAUGAAGGCGAGGAGGACUCGAACUCAAACCACCAGAAGCACAAGUCCAAUGAAAGCCUCCUGAUCACAGUUUUGUGGAGGAGGCUUUCUAUGUUCAGCCGCAGGGGCUCCACCCGGUCCGGCAAGAGGCAGUCCAUCCAGGUCAUAAAGCCGGGGCUGGACGAGCGAGGCAUUAUCUUACCGGAGAAUAAACCAGAGGUUAUCGAGGAGGAACCGGAGAAGGGAUGAUUCUAGCCCUGCUCAAUCCUCCCCAACCUCCAGAGAAUAAAGUAUCUAACAUGUA